AUCGGUUUAGACAACAUGCCAGACGCACAAGCAUCAUGCUCUAGUACGUUGGUUGCUGAGCACAAUAACUUAUGUCUCCUGUCAGCACGCACGCCGGACACUCGGUGACUGUCUGGUGCAUUCCGCAAAGACAGCAUGGCUGUCCGAUCGCAACAACACCUGGUGUCUGGCCGUCCAUGGCUGUCACGGAGGCAGCAGCCUCUACUGUCUACGCGGGUGAUUCUUGCACUGCUUCUUUGCGCCUCGUUUUCGCGAGUAAUGCACGCUCAGUAUUCACCUGCAUUGGAAAAUCUGCCAUUGAACCCGGAAAUGACGGUUCUGCAACGAAUCACCAACGAUCCCGGAAAUCCGUCUAGUCAUCCACCUCCGGAAGUGGAUCAACAAACGCUAGACGAUCCCGUGUCGAGCGACGCAGCUUCAGUCCAUGAGCAUGCCCGAUCGCGGUCAUUGCGCGAGGAUCUUACCACGCCGACCGCCAAAACGUCCAGUCCUGCUUCCCAACCACCAUUCCCCAGCAACCUUCCGGCGACACCCCCACCUGUUCCUGGGACCCAUCGGAUCCUCAAAGUUAAAGCUGCAAACCCUUCGGGUUCGGGAGUAAACAAUUCGUCCGCUCUCUUUCCAUCAUCCGUUGCUCUGUCUGGAAGCGGCCUCCACCACGCCACUGCCGGCACACGAGCCUGCUUCCUCGCCGUUCUCCUUGACGCCAACGGCCGACCGUCUGGUGCUGGUGCAGCCUCUCGGGCCCAGAAACGGCGCCUGACGUGGCGCGUCCAGUUAUCUUUACUGCACGCUCCUCCUUCUCCCCCUCCCCCGUCUCCGCCUCCCCCGAACCCGCCUGCGCCUCCUCCUCCCGCGCCACCUUCUCCUGACGGAAAUGGAGAGGGUGGGAAGGCCAAGCCAGAGGGAAGGCGGCGGCUGCAUGAAGGAUUUAUUUCCAGAAGCAGUACAGGCGCAGCUGUUGAUAAUGGUGCUGCUGCUGGUGAUGCUGGUGAUGCUGGUGAUGCUGGUGAUGCUGGUGAUGCUGGUGAUGCUGGUGAUGCAGGUGAUGCUGGUGAUGCUGGUGAUGCAGGUGAUGCUGGUUAUGCUGGUUAUGCUGGUGAUGCUGGUUAUGCUGGUGCUGGUGGUGCUGAUGGUGCUGGUGCUGGUGCUGGUGCUGGUGCUGGUGCUGGUGCUGGUGCUGGUGCUGGUGCUGGUGCUGGUGCUGGUGCUGUUACUGACGCUGGUGGAACCGGUCUGAUGAUUGAAGCCGCUGGGAGAACACAGGGUGGGGAAACUAUAGGGGAGAGGCGGAGGUUGCGUGCCAAGAGUAAGCAUAAGGGUAAGAGUAAGAGCCUGGAGACAGAGGGCAAUGGGAAAGGUGGCGCAAGGAACACGGAGAAAGAAACGGACAACGAGGCUGAGAAAGGGACAGAGGAAUUCGGACCCGGCUCGACAGUGUCAGGCAGAGGGAAGGAGAAGAGGGGAGAGGCAGAGGCCAGAGAGGAGGGAAGAAAGAAGAGUGAACGAGGCGAGGGAGAUACGCGAUGGGAGGAACCAGACGAGAUGAGGGAUGACUGGUUGGUAUCAGGGGGUCGGAUGCAGUAUGACCCUAAGGGAGGCUUCUAUGUGGGCUGCUAUGUUGCUCCCCUGCCUGGAGUGUUCUCUCUCAGUCUCUCCCUCACGCUCAUGCCUCCUAGCGAUCCACCCACCACCCUGGAGUCCAACAGUGGUCUACUGUCAGCAGCAGAAUCAACUUCAGCAGGAGCACGAGAAGCAGUAGGAUCAGCAAGAACAGCAGCAGGAGGAGGAGGAGGAGGAAGCGAAGCUGGGGAUGCAGUGGAAGCAGCGGUGUUGGUACACGUGGCCAAAUAUCAAGUGACAGUGGUGUCGGAGGCUGGGCGGACAGGGAAUGCUGGGGAAAGGGACGGCCAGGGGAAUGCUGAGAAUGCAGUGGGAGCAGGCAGCAGUUGGUGUAACAGCACAGCCAUUUCACGGGGACAUGGCAGAUAUGCGAGCUGGCAUGGCAGCAGCAUUACUCUUCCCACAUGCCGAAUUUACCCCUGGACUCCCCACCAUGCCUUCAUCCCUCUAGCCGGCCACUCCCUCGCAGUCUUUGGCGACUCCAAUUUGCGAGCCUGGGCGGCCUACUUUGUCACCUUUCUCUCUGGUGGGGCCCACGAUCUCAUGCACCCUUCAGACCAUCGCCCGCUUCAGGCAGCUUAUGAGCUCACCUGGGCUCAGAGCGCCUAUGACGGCUGGCCCAGGCAGGAAAGGACAAAGUUUUUCGAGCUGCCGGUGGGCCUGCGGUUCGGGCGACGGGCGAGGAUCCGGGCAGAGGCAAGAGAGGGUUGGCAGAGCUUUGGGAGGGUGCGGGUGGGAAACGCGUGCGUGAACCAAUCAGGGAUGGACAUGUGGUUAUUCCCCCGCGCCACUGAUAAGCAGAUGAGCUUUUCACAGAUACUUGGGGAAGAGAUGAUGAGCAGUGGUGGGAGAGGAGGAAAGGUGGGAGGGUCAGAGGGCAGGAGGAGCCUCCUACAAGCAGAUUCUGCAGAGAACAUCUCCACGGCCUCAUCGAGCCAGUCAGUUGAAACUGAGCAAAGACCAAGGGACAGAAGCAAGGGGAGUGGGAACGAUAAUGCACCAGGGAGACGGGAGCUGUCCCUUGUAAGUGGCAGGUUCAGCAGCAAAGUGUCAUCUAUGAGCGUGAAAGGGUCUUCUACCACCGCUCCAUGGCUGCCUCCCCGCCGGCGCUUCGGGCGAGUGGUGGCCGGGGUGACUGUGAGAGACCUGGAGGAGUAUGAGAGUGCAGCCGAGUAUGCGUCAGCCCUGCAGCAGCGAGUGGUGCAGUCACUGCUGCAGCUGGUGCGGCACCCUGCACACAUAGUGUGGGUGGGAGGCUGGGCGGUGCAAGCAGUUAAGGGACUGCAAGGGCAGGGGGCACGUGGAGGAGAGCAUGCAGGGGGGAGUCAGUUGGGGGAGGGAGAGCAGCAGCAGCAGCAGCAGCGGUGGUGUACGGUGGGAAAGGGGUCUCGGGUGAACGACGCACGUGCACGGUUGUUUGAUGCUGCUGCAUACAAGAUCAUGCGCUCGCAUGGUGUUCCGUUCCUCGACAUGCGUUCGCUCACUGAAACCCGCCCGUCCCUCUGCCCUGACGGGUGCCACUACCUCUGGCCGGUUCACCAUGCACUCUCCCUCCUGCUGCUCCACCUCUGGUCCCCACUCCUUCCCCCCAUGCCUCUCUCCUUCAGCAACAGCAGUAGCAGCAGCAGCACCGCCACCAGUGGUAGCAGCAGCAGCACUAGUAGUGGUGGUGUGCUGUUGCCUGCAGGGUGUGUGGAUGCAGAUGCGCCCUCCAACGUAACCAAGGAGGAGGUAGUGGUGGACAGAGAAGAGGCGCUCAAGAAAGCAGAGAUGGAGGGCGGUGGGGAGAUGGAGGGAGAGAAAUCUGGAGGAGGAGGAGAGGGAGGGGGAGGAGGAAGCGCUGGGUCUGGGUCUGGGAGCAAGAAAAGGCUUGCGGACGCUGGUGGUGAUGUUGGGGGUGCGAGUGACGAACAUGAGAAUGAAGAGAGGAACGAGGACGGAAAAGGGGCUCCAGGGGAGGCGGGAGAGGGGAAGCCAUGGCCGGAUGUGGACGCUCUAGAGCAGUUAGACCUAGGCAGGUGGUUCCCUGGGCGAGGCACGCUGCUGGAAUCCACUAGUGCUCUUCAGAGGUGGGUAAAUAUGGUUAAGGGGGCAGCAACUAGAGGAGGAGGAGGAGGAGGAGGAAAGGAGGGAGUGGAGGAGGACAGGCAGAGCUCAGAGUGGGAUUCACUGCAAGAAGAGAGGAGGGGAGAUGGAGGAGCUGCAACAGGUGGUGGUGAGGAUGGGAGUGGGGUGAGUGGCAGCAAGGGAGAUCAAGGAAGACAUGGUGCAAUGGCUGCUGCUGCUGCAGCAGUUCUGUCAAGCAUUUCUAUCUCAGAGGUUCCUCUUCCCCUUCGAGAUUUGGCCCCCUACCUUCUACACCUUCCCAUUAACCGUUCCUCUUCCCCCUCCUCCUCCUCCUCUCCCCUCGCGUACUACCUCCCCUUCUCUCGCUCCAUCCACCUGGAUCACUCCGUGGUGCGCCAGACUCUCGCCCGCUGCUUCGACAUCCGCAACGACUGCCGCAACCUGCGCGCCUCCUCGCUCUCGCGCUACCGCCGUGACUGCCUGCCCAAAGACACAGUUAUGACAGCAGUGGCUGCGGGGGUGAUCGAGCGCUGUGAGAGCUGGUGCCCAGGGGAAACCAUGUGCUGGAAUAGCAACAGGAGAGCGGCUGCUACAUUGUCGAAGGCAGCGGUGAGGGCGCCGGUUAAGCUGAGAAGUGAGGAGGUGCUUCUGGUGGAGGUGAGAGAGGCGUUUGUCACUCCUGCUGGGGAGGUGUAUGGGGUGGGAUGGAGGGCGAGAGGGGGGAGAGAGGGGAGUAGUGGUGCAGGGAAGGGAGGAGAUGAUGAGAGUAGUGAGAGUGAGCAUGGUGCUGAUGGGGAUGGUGGUGGUGGUGAUGGAGGGAGAGGAGGAGGCGGGGGAGAGUUGGAGUUGAAGGAUAGAAUGCUCGCCCUUGAUGUGCGAUUGGGCCAGUGCCACCGACCCAUGGAGCUCCUGCGAGUGCGGACAGACUGGCGGUGGGGAGCGGAGCAUGCAGCACGCACAGUGUUCAUCGCAGACGCUGAAGAGGAUGGCGUUGUGGCAGCCGUCACCACAUGCCUCACUCGCAUCGCCCUCUGGAGGCAGCAACUGCUGCAGGACCCAUCCAUCCGCAUCCACGUGCGGGGGCUGGAAGGAGGGGAGGGGGAGCACCCGCACUACCUGCCGUCAAUGCUCGCUUUUCUAUCCAUCUCGCCGGAUCGCCUGGUGGCUGGGGACCUGUAUGCGCACCGAAUACUGCUCAUGGACCCCCCCUGCCGUGCUCCCUUCCGGGCUUUGGACGGAGUUCUCCUGCUCAACCUGAGGAGAGUCAUUCACGAGCAAUUGAGUGGGGUGGUGGGGAGGGUGGGGAGUAUGCGUGUUGGUGGCGACGAUGGGGCUGACAGCAAGGAAGGGAGUGGGGAUGGGGGUGGAGGAGACGGUGAUAGUAGUGAGGGUGUGGUAAGCAGCAGCACAAAUGGGAGCAAGAGCAGUAAGAAGAAGGAGCAGAAGGAGAAGCAGAAGAAGAAGAAAAAGAAGAACAGUAGUUCAGGAAGCAGCCAGAGGAGGGUGCUCUGGGAGGUUGGGGCAGGUGCAACGGGAAAAGAGGUGGCUGAGAAUGGCACUAUUGUGAUUGUACAGAACCACUGGUUCAGGAAGGUGCGAAAUCUGGAGGAGUUUGUGUCUUCCCUCAGGCAGCAAGUAUUGCGGCCUGUCGACAUUAUCACAGAUGACGGCCGGCACAAUGUCUCUGACCUCUGGCCACGCUUCUACCGCGCAGCUCUUGUCAUCGCCCCGCACUCAGACCUUCUUGCUCAUAUUGUGGCGUGCCGCCAAGGAACUCCAGUGCUGGAAUGGAUGCAGCCGUGGCGUGCGGAUGACCCUGCUAGCGCCAGUCCCCGGUUUCAAACACUGGCAACAGGCCUCGACCUGCCAUACUACGUUUCUGUGGUUGACUUCUCUGACCCGUUCGAUGACCCAAGGUCGGCAGACCAAAAGAAGGAAUCAGAGGAUGAGGAGGGAUCAGUGAGUGUGGACCUAACAGGUGGCUCGUAUGUCGAGGUGAAUGUUCGGCAGCAGGUGCGCAACGUGGCAAGGAUUCUGGAGGACGUGGAUGCAGGUGAAGGGUGGAAGGAGAAGUGCCAAAUAGUUGAGUACCAAACUAGCUAAGUCGGUUGGAGGGGCACGAUGAUAGGAUGAUAAGGAAGCAGUUCCGAACAGAUGCAGAGUGGAACAACAGAAGGCAAGAUUCUAACAUGGAAUAACCCCCAUGGUCCGUG